UCAGUAUGCUAAAACCUGUAUCUUUUUUAACAGGUACUUCAGUCGCCUGGUUGUUCUGUAUGUUGAAAAAAGUACAAAAACUAAAGUAGGAGGUGAUGCAAUGGUUUUGGAGGAACACGCUAAGGCAGCUUCUGCAGCACUCCCAAUGGUUAUGCAGGUCUUGACCACCAAGCUCGACAUUGAAGAUGUACACAAUGAAUGCAGACGGUUAAAGGUGAUGCUACCAGUCGAAAUGCGUAUACUUGAGGGUAUAGCCCUGAACGUGUACGUCACUAGACAGAUCUUAAACCUUGCUGGGCGGUAUGGUUAUAUGAAGUUGGUGAAUGAGUACGUUCAUGAAACGAUGAUUCCAUAUUACAAACGCCAGUUGUCUAGUGCCACACUACCGAGAGAGCCAAAUGUACAAGCCCCAACAAACAAUGAUGUGCAGUCUGUGAUUUAUGUAGAG